UCCAGGCACUGCACUGUCUGAUCUGUUUCCGGUGUGGGAGGAUGUGGCCGCCUUGCGGGGCAGUGCGUAACUUGGCUCUAGUCUUGGCGAGGUCGCAGAGAGCUCGGACCUGCAGUGGGGACGAACGUGUCUCCUACACACAGGGCCAAAGCCCGGAGCCCAGAACCCGCGAGUAUUUCUACUAUGUGGAUCACCAAGGCCAGCUUUUCCUAGAUGACUCCAAAAUGAAGAACUUUAUCACCUGCUUCAAAGACCUGCAGUUCCUGGUCACUUUCUUCUCCCGCCUGAGACCCAACCACAGCGGGCGCUACGAGGCUUCCUUUCCCUUCCUCUCGCUUUGCGGCAGAGAACGUAACUUCCUGCGCUGUGAAGACCGGCCAGUGGUCUUCACGCACCUCCUGGCUUCCGACAGCGAGUCACCUCGUCUCUCCUACUGCGGCGGCGGCGAGGCGCUGGCCAUACCCUUCGAGCCGGCUCGCUUGCUACCCCUGGCGGCCAAUGGGCGCCUGUACCACCCGGCCCCAGAGCGCGCAGGCGGAGUGGGUCUAGUGCGCUCGGCCCUGGCCUUCGAGCUCAGCGCUUGCUUCGAGUAUGGGCCUAGCUCACCCACGGUCCCUUCUCAUGUACACUGGCAAGGUCGCCGUAUCGCCCUAACUAUGGAUCUGGCCCCACUGCUGCUCGCUGCCCCGCCGCCCUGAGACCCUGGCUGGGGCUGUGUGGGGAGGGUUAGGGCAAACACAGGAUUUCUUAGUACUCGCAGGUUACCCCUCGGCUCCAGCACUCCAGGUUAACCUAGAUGUCCGCUGUCACCUGCACGCUGGUGACUGAGAGCGCGUGCGCGCAGAGGUGAGCCCAGGGCGACGGUAGGUUGGCGCUGUCCAAGGUUCUGGCGCGGCUUUGCUAUCCUCUGUCCCUACAGAGGUCCUCUCUCGGCCACCUCUAACCUUUACACCGGCUUUGCAUCCCACGGAUUGGCCUGCGCUGGUCACGUCAGGCAGAGCGGCAGGCGCAAGGCGCGCGUGGGCCGAUGCGCGUGCGCGCCCACCCCAAUCACCCCCCCUCCCCCCGCCGCUUCUCCAGUCUUGCAGCCGCAAGCACCGCGGGGAGUCGCUCGCCACUGGAGCAGGUGAGGGGGGGGGGGAUCAUAGCCCAAGGUCAUCGGGCUUGGGGGCGGGAUCGGGACCCUCUAGGUUCUGACUGCCGCACCAAGAAAAGGUCAUAGGAUCUGGCAGUGGGAAGGGGAUAGAAACCACACCCUCAAUGAGCAGUUUCAGACCCACUGGAACGGGAGGGGGCGGAUAGGGGAGGUAGUGCUGGUUAAAAGCGCCGGAUCGCAAGGGCUGCCAGAGACCUCAGCUGGGCCCGACAGAGAACACAGGGCUCCUCUCCACCCUCUUCCCGCCUAGAUAGGCACCCAGGAGACCAACACCCCACUCCUGCCCAGGAUUAGAGGUUCAUGUCCUGAUAAAAGGAUUUCUGGGCUCAUCUAGUAAGGGACCCUUAUUCCUGCCAUGGUUGUCUUGCACUGAUGCACAUCUGGGCUUCUGCAUAAGUAGCAGCUCUGAUCCCUAACGUACAGAUCAAGGCUUUGCUACUGAAGGCUGAACAGAUGCGCGAGGCCUGGAGCCAGGGAUCAGCCAGUCAUUUGUGCGCCAGGAAAUCAAACCUAGCAAACAUCCCCACUUCUUGGGGCUCCACAUGUCCUGAGAUACCUAGGAACUGCCUUUGCCUGCGCCAAAGCUAUUCCAUUAAAACUUUACUGCUGUGCUGCCUCA